GAUUAUGCAUAUUUUACACUUGUUCUUCUUAGAAUAAUACCACAACCCAAGCAAAACUCACUAGCUAUAUUUUUCUCUCUUUUGCUUCAAUACUCUUCCAUGGCUUCUUCUUCUUCUUCUACUCUAAUGAAGUAUCAUGUUUUCUUGAGCUUCAGAGGUGAAGACAUGCGCCUUAAUUUCACCACUCACUUACUUCAAGCUUUGAAAGACGAGGGACUUGAUGUUUUCUUCGAUGAAGAAAAACUGGAAAGGGGGGACCAGCUUUCACAAGCACUUUCUCGAGCAAUUGCAGUCUCAAAUAUCUCAAUCAUCGUUUUGUCUGCAGACUAUGCCUCUUCGCAAUCAUGCUUGGUUGAACUCUCUGACAUCAUGGACCGGUAUAGCGUCGAACAACAAAUUGUUUUUCCUAUAUUUUACCAUGUUAAGCCCUCUGAUGUGGAGAAUAUUGAUGGGAGUUUUAAGAAAUCCUUUGAUGAGCAUGAAACAAGGAGGUCAGUUGAUGAAGUGAAACAAUGGAAAACUGCUUUUGCUGAAGUUGGUAAAUUACAAGGGUGGCAUGUAGAUGGAAGCAUGUCGGAUAGACCUGAAACCCAAUACAUCAAGGAUAUUGUUGCGUAUGUUAUGCAAAAGUUGAUGAAGCAUCAAGUUUUCUUAAGCUUAGGUGAAGACACACGCCUCAACUUCUCCAAUCACCUAGCCAAUGCUUUGGAAAAAGUAGGAAUUAAUGUCUUCCCCGAUAACGAAACACUGAAAAAAGGAGAGAAGCUUCUACCAACAUAUUCUCGAGCAAUUUCGGCCUCAAAUCUCUCAAUCCUCGUUUUAUCUAAAGCCUAUGCUUCUUCAAAAUCAUGCUUAGGUGAACUUUCUGACAUCAUGGAUCGCAAGCACAAUCCCACUGACAAACAAAUUGUUCUUCCCGUCUUUUACCAUGUUGAUCCUUCCGAUGUGCGAAAUAGUGGUGGGCAUUUUAAGACAUCCUUCGAAGAGCAUGAAUCAGAGCAACCAGCUGAUAGAGUACAACAAUGGAAAACUGCUUUUGCAGAGGUCGGUAAAUUAAAAGGGUGGCAUAUAGAAGGAGGCAAAUUUGACAGACCUGAAACCCAGUACAUUAAAGAUGUUGUUGAAUAUGUUAUAAAAAAGUUGACGAAUAUUAAGUCUGGAAGUGCUUCAGAAGAAUUGGUUGGAAUAGAUGAUCAGAAAAGGACGAUUUUGAAGCUGAUUAAGCAAAAAGACUGUCGUGUAAUAGGAUUUUGGGGAAUGGGUGGUCAAGGCAAAACAACCCUUGCUGAGGCUGUAUAUAAAAAAAUCUCUUUAGAGUUUGAAAGUUGUUGCUUUCUCCAAAAUGUUAGAGAGGAAAUAGAAAAACAGGGGAAGAAAUCUUUACGAAAUGAACUUCUUUCGAAAUUAUUGAAGUCAGAUGUUGAUAUAGACACCCCCUCUAUAGGAUCCAUUUAACUCAAGAGAGGCUCAACAAUAAGAAAGUACUUAUUGUCCUUGAUGAUAUUAGUGACCCAAACCAAAUAGAUUUUAUGGGUGUUAAACAUUCGGGCUCUGGAAGUAAAAUCAUUAUAACAUCUAGAGAGAAACAAGUGCUUAAGAGUGGAGGAGCUGACACAAUACAUGAGGUGAAAGCAUUAAAUGAGAAUGAUUCUCUUCAACUUUUUUCUACCUUUGCAUUUAAGCAGUUGAAUCCUGAAGUUGAUUUUCGAGAUCUAUCAUGCAAGUUUAUGAAGUACGCCCAAGGCAGUCCACUUGCUCUUAGAGUUUUGGGUUGUAAUUUAUAUGGAAGGACUAUAAAUGAUUGGGAAAGUGAGAUGGAGAAGCUAGGGGACUAUUCCCACCCCGAAAUUUUUGUUGUUUUGAAAAGUAGUUAUGAUGGGCUUGGUAUGGUAGAGAAGAAUAUAUUUCUUGACAUUGCAUGCUUCUUUAAAGGGGAACCCAUAAAAAGAAUAAAACAUGUUCCAAGUUGUUAUCGGGGUGUAGAGGAUGCAAUAAGCAAAUUGGUCAGCAAGUGCCUAAUUAAUAUCUCAUCUGCAGAUAUAAUAUCCAUGCAUGAUAUGCUUGAAGAGUUGGGAAAAGAUAUUAUUCGCCAAAAAUCUAAAACGCCUGGAAAGUGCAGGAGGCUAUGGAGUCAUGAACACAUUAAACGAGUGCUCAAAUAUA